AUGGCAUUGUGUUCUGCUAUCACCCUAAUGAUCAUCUUCAUACUUUCUUCCUUCCAUGUUGUUGGAAUUCAAAUCAUCUCCAAAUCGAAGCUGGAGAAGUGCGAGAAGAACUCCAACUCCGACGACAAUCUCAAUUGUACUACCAAAAUCGUACUCAACAUGGCUGUUCCCAGUGGCUCGAGUGGUGGAGAGGCGUCGAUUGUUGCGGAAUUGGUGGAAGUGGAGGAAAAUUCAAGCAGGAAAAUGCAGACAUUGCGUAUUACUCCUGUCAUAACGGUCAACAAAACUUCUGCAUAUGCCUUGUAUCAGUUAACAUACAUACGAGAUGUUCCUUAUAAACCUGAAGAGUAUUAUGUUAAGACACGCAAAUGCGAGCCAGAUGCUGGUGCAAAUGUCGUGAAGAUAUGUGAAAGACUGCGAGAUGAAGAGGGUCAUAUUAUCGAGUACACUCAGCCAAUAUGUUGUCCAUGUGGGCCCCAGAGGUGGAUGCCUUCAUCAUGUGGAAACUUCUUUGACAAAUUGACAAAAGGAAAGGCCAACACUGCACAUUGUGUGCAUUUCCCUGGUGAUUGGUUUCAUGUUUUUGGCAUUGGGCAGCGAACAUUGGGAUUUAGUGUUCAAAUACAGGUGAAGAGUGGAACUAAAGUUUCGGAAGUGGUUGUGGGUCCUCAAAACAGAACAGUGAUCUCUGAUGAUAAAUUUUUUAGGGUUAAUCUUAUAGGAGAUUUUGUUGGGUAUACAAAUAUACCAUCUUUUGAGGAUUUCUAUCUGGUCGUACCAAGGCAGGUAUGCUUCCCUGGGCAACCACAGGAUUUGGGGAGAAACAUUUCUAUGUGGAUGCUGCUUGAGAGAGUGAGAUUUACCUUAGAUGGUAUUGAAUGUAACAAAAUUGGUGUCAACUAUGAAGCUUUUAAUCAACAACCAAACUUUUGCCCUUCUCCCUUUUGGACCUGCUUGCAUAAUCAAUUGUGGAAUUUUCGGGAGGCUGACCUGAAUCGAAUAAGUAGGAAUCAAGUGCCACUCUAUGGUUUGGAAGGAAGGUUUGAAAGAAUAAACCAACAUCCAAGUGCUGGGAGUUAUUCUUUCUCCAUAGGAAUUACAGAGGUUCUUAAUACAAACCUUGUGCUAGAAUUAAGUGCGAAUGAUGUAGAGUAUGUUUAUCAAAGGAGCCCAGGAAAGAUAAUAAGUGUUAGUGUCCCUACAUUUGCAGCCCUAACUCAAUUUGGUGUUGCUACAAUCACAACUAAGAAUACCGGUGAGGUGGAAGCGUCAUAUAGUUUGACGUUUAAUUGCUCCAAGGAUAUCACCCUGAUGGAGGAGCAAUUUUUAAUAAUGAAGCCAAAUGAGGUUACAACCCAAUCAUGCAAAAUCUACCCAACCACUGAUCAGGCUUCAAAAUAUUUUUGUGCGGCCGUACUAAAGGAUUCUGAUUAUAAUGAAGUUGAUAGAGCUGAAUGUCAAUUUGCUACUACGGCAACUGUUCUUGACAACGACACACAGGUAUGUUCUUUCCUGGGUAUGCCUUUUCAACCACAAGAGACCAGUAUAAAUAGUUUCUUUGAUUCUAUCGAAAGCAUAUGGAAUAAAAUAUGGACAAGCUUAACAGAAUUUAUCACUGGAAAAACUUGUAGAGAAAAAUGCUCUGGGUUUUUUGACUUCAAGUGCCACAUACAAUAUGUUUGCUUGAGUUGGGUAAUGAUGUUUGGUCUGUUUUUGACAAUUUUUCUGACAGUGCUUGUGCUAUUAUGGCUUUUGCACCAGAAAGGUCUAUUUGAUCCUUUGUAUGACUGGUGGGAGGAUAUCUUAGGCGCUGAUGAACAAAUCAUCAUGGAUAAACGUAAAUUCAAAAUUGACAAGGGGCAUCACCAUAUUCAUGAAAACAAACAUCAUAAGCAAGAACAUUGGCACUCUAACUAUAGUGCUCAAAAUAGGCGAAGGACCACUUAUGAGCAUAUGCACAAGCGUUCUGAAAGGAACUUUGAUUAUUUUGAUGAUUUACACCAUGUUCAUAAAGAAAUGCACAAGUAUGAACAUAAAAAACAGAAUAUGGAUAAUGUGCAGCAUAUUGUUGACCAUCCUGCACAUCACAAACACAGAAAGAAACGGGAUAGCUCAAAGGGGGAGUUAAAGAGAUGAAGCUAAAACAUGAUAAAGUGAGGCAAGAAAAUUAUGA